GAAGCGUAGAGUAGAGACUGAUCCUCAUUAAUGAACAACUUGGCAGAAAAUGAGGUUUUACCUCUGAUAGUGAGCCAAUUGAUCGCUUAUGGCUAUUCUGCCGUAGCGAAACAAGUGGCAGACGCGACUGGAGCCGAGACCGAUAUGAUUCCGUCAACUAAACUUGCAGAAUACCUUUACUACGGAAAAGAGCAAGCCGAGCACGAAGGCAGUGAUUCGGAUUUCUCGGAUAAAGAAUCUGACGACGAGCCCAUGAAAGAGGACAAACAAGAAGCCGAAGACUUGUCAGAUGUGGAUGGUCUCGUAUUUGAUCCUGAUAAUUUUCCAGCUUCAAAACCUGCGCCAGAGUACACACAAAUGUAUUAUACACAACAUAAGGGACCUUGCUUAACAGCUGUGUUUAGCCCCGAUGGCAAGCUAGCUGCAACAGGAUCCCACGACGCGUCAUUAAAAGUCCUCGAUGUUCACAAGAUGAAGCACAGGACAGGUGAUGUUGGUGACAAGCCUGUCAUUCGAACUCUGUACGAUCACGUAGCACCUGUGAGCGAUAUUAGUUUUCAUCCAAAUGGUAGUGUACUUGCUAGUUGCUCAGAGGAUCAAAGCAUCAAGCUAUUUGAUUUGUCACGACACGGUGUAAAGAGGGCUUUUCGGUAUCUCAAGGAUGCUCAAGCUGUCAAUAGUAUAUCCUUCCACCCAUCGGGAGAUUUCAUUUUGUCAGGCACGACCGACGCCAAUGUUCGAAUUUACGAUGUAAAGACGUUUCAGUGCUAUACCAACAAUACCACCAAUACACAUAGAGGCGGUAUUACGCAGAUACGAUAUUCAGCAACCGGGCGACUUUUUGCUUCGUCGUCCAUGGAUGGUUCACUGAGAAUAUGGGAUGGCGUUAAUAGUCAAUGCGUUCGUGCCAUUGAACGCGCACAUGGAGGUGCAAUUGUAUCAAGUGUUCGUAUCACGAAGAAUGAAAAGUACAUAUUAUCUGCUGGCGCAGACUCAACUCUGAAGAUGUGGGAAAUAGCGAGUGGUAAAAUGGUGAUGGAAUACAAGGGCCAUCAGCAGCGAACAUUAUUACUGCAGCCUACCAUGACUUACAACGAGGAGUAUGUAAUGGUUGGCGAUGAAGGCUCUACGGACGUUGUCUGCUGGGACACCAGAACGGGAGUACUCCUGAAGAGACUUCCAGGACAAAACAACAACGUGAGAUGCGUAGUAGCAUCGCCUGUCGACGAUGCCUACUUGACUUGCAGCGAUGAUUAUCGGGCGCGAUACUAUGUUCGCGUAUAGUUAUAUGUACUUACAAUAAAAAAAAUUAAAAAUCAAUGGCCUUGUC